AUGGAUUUAAUCGAUAAUGAUAUUCGACAAUUGAAUGUAAAUGAAGUGAAAGAACAAUUUGGAGACAGUGUAACGCUUUUACCGCCAAACGACAACAUUAAAGAACUACAAACAAUACUCCGCGAUAAGAAUACAACGCGCAGUGAUUUCAAGUUUUAUGCAGAUCGCCUGAUUCGUCUGGUGAUAGAAGAGAGUCUAAAUAAAUUGCCAUUUACUGACUGCGAAGUGGUUACUCCGACCGGAGCGCUAUACAAAGGAUUGAAGUAUGGUUCAGGGAAUUGCGGUGUAUCAAUUGUACGGUCGGGUGAAGCUAUGGAGCAGGGUCUCCGUGACUGCUGUAGAUCCAUUCGCAUUGGUAAGAUAUUAGUAGAGAGUGACAAUGAUACUCAUGAAGCCCAUGUUGUCUAUGCCAAAUUUCCUGAAGAUAUUGCUCGGAGGCAAGUCCUCCUCAUGUAUCCAAUUAUGUCUACUGGGAACACUGUUAAGCAGGCAGUGAAUGUCCUAACUCAGCAUGGUGUAAAAGAAGAACGGAUUAUCCUCUCAAAUCUUUUCUGUACUCCGGCAGCCGCUCAAGCAGUAGUUGAUUAUGUACCCAAAAUGAAGAUACUUACAUCUGAAUUGCAUCCAGUAGCACCAAAUCAUUUUGUCUUUUCAACUGGAAAGAAUAGAGGGACAAAAGACCAUGUCUUUGGUUCAGCAUUGUGGGCUUCUAUUGCUAUGGUACCAAACAAUGCUUCAUAA